UUCACUUCCAUUCACAUUAUGCAAGUUAUGCACACGCAAGCUAAUCUUGUAUAUAAAUAUUAGCCAAACACUAUCAUUAUAACAUUGUAUCCACUGUGGUCUCACAUUAUUCCUGUACAAAAAACCCAGGCUCUGAUUAACGGCAAUGGAUUGCUUGGUCUUGCCUGUAUCAAUGUUGAGAAAGUGCUACACGAGGUCACGACUAGGCUAUCGGCCAUUAACUGAAGAUGGGUUCGGCGAUUUGGACAGUCCGGUGACCGUGGUGGUGGGAAAAGAGAGGAAAGAGUUCUUGGUUGAUCCGUUUGUAUUAGAAGAGAGCCCCUUUCGGGUUUUGAUUGAAACAGUAAAGAAGGACAGAGUUUUUGAUGAUACGAGUAGAUCAAGGGAGGAGAAGAGAGUGAUUUUUGUGGAUGUGGAUGCCAUUUUGUUCGAGCACAUGUUGUGGUUGAUGUACAAUGAUUGUUCUUCUUUAUUUCAGCUUAAUCUCAAGGAGAUUAUUGACUUCUAUGCUCAAGAUUGUUAGAUACAAGUGAAUAAAACAAAGGAAAGUGAAAAGCAUGACCUCUUGGAGCAAUGGAGAUUUUCUGGAUCAGUUGUAGAUAAUAGUAGGCGCCUCAAAAUGGCCGUGUUGCUACGUGGUAAAUCGGCCAAUUGUGCUCAUCGUCUUCCAUUUUCGGUUUCCAAGUCUUGUUUUUGCUAAUGUCCAAAAUAGUUAUUUCUUGUUAGAGGCAAGCUACAAUAUUUACCAAAUCUUUCCAUACGGCAGGAUUUUUCUUACUAAAUAAUAUACAUGGUUCACUUUUAUUCUACGUUGUUGAGAGCUUUCUUUGUUGUUUCGUAACAACAAGAGAGUUU